AUGAUUCUAGAUGAGAUUGUGAAGGAAGCGGCAGCGCUGCAGCUGAGGAAGGAAGACGAGAAUACAUGGUCUCGGGUGAACGAUGUACUCAUGAGGCUUUCCGGGGCAGUUGUGGGGCCGGAAGAUGUGCGAAGAGUGUUAGAGAGUGUUUCCGACCUGAUUGUAAGGUCGAUGCAGAGUGACAGAUCGAGGCUUGCAGGAACAGCCCUUGGAUUUCUCAAGAACUGCAUUUGCAUCUUGGGAAAUGAGUUUGGGAUGGCAGGGCAAUAUCUAGUGCCUCUAGCGAAAGUAUGUGGAAAGAGCAGUAAGGUGUUUUAUUCAAGGGGAGAGGAAGUGCUUGUAGAACUUUGUAAGAGAGUGAAUAUUAAGGGACAUGCAAGGUUUUUUAGCGAAUACUGUGGAAGUGCCAAUAAGAAUGUUAGGCUUGCUAUUUUCCGGGGGAUUGAAGCAUGGGGGAGUGAGUCUGGAAAGAUAGAAGGAUUGGAGAAUCUUGUUAUAAAGGGAAGAGAAGAUGCAUUUUCGGAAGUUCGAGAGGUGUGCAAAAGAAUGAUGGAGAAGUUCAGUAUUGGGGAGAGAAAGGAAGGAUGCUUUAGAAGACAGCGUUUGGAAGAGAGUCUUGAGAGUGGGGUAAAGAAAGGGCCUGUUAGAAUGGCCAGGAUGCCGGUGCGAGGGGGAUAUGGAGGAAUGGAAGGAAUCGGGGCAAGAGAGAUGGAAAAGAAAGAGCUUGCACCCAAGUUUUCUCCGGCUAGAAAGCAAACAAAAACAGGAGAUAAAGACUAUGACAAGAUAAGGGAGCUUUCAAGACAGGUCAAGGACAUAGCCGAAGACAUAAGGCCGAAUGUGGGGGCUGAGAAGAGCUCAAGCGGUAGAAUAAGAACCAAGAUAAAAGAGAUGUUCUCCAGAGGAAGUGAUAAGGCAGGGACUGUGUAUCCAGAAAGUAAGGUUGAGAUACCAAAGGAGGUGAUGAACCAUGAGGAUCUAACUCCAGUGAGGUUGGACAAGUAUCUCAGUAGAUAUCGUGAAGAGUAUGGAAGGCUUAUUCCCAAGAAUAUAACUGGAGUUAGCAAUGGAUUUGAAGUUGAGGAUACCGAGCUAGGGGAAGAAUUUCUAGAAGCCAAAGAAGUCUCUGAUGAAGACAAGGCGAGGAUUGGAGAAACAAAGGAAGAAGAUAAGCUUAAUGGGUCUUGCGAAGAGAAGAAGGAAAGGAUUGUUGUUGGGAAUGAAAGCUUUGAUGAGGAGAUGGGACAUGAUUUAGAGGGAGGAGAUGAAGUGUGUGCAGAGCUUGAGAUCGGAGAACUUUCGAAGAGCUUAGCGAACAUCUCGAUCAAUGAAGGAGAUGUGGAGGAUAAACCACAUUCCGAUGGAGAUGGGAUGUUGUCGGAGGCUUCUGGAAAUCCCUACGAGAAUCUUGUUGAAGGACAAGAGAUGGAAAGCUCUCUUAAAGAGUACACCAUAAUGGAUUCUGGGAAGCUAGAAGAACACAAGGAAAAUAACAGGGAUGAAUCCCGGCUUUGUAGAGGAUCUGGGGCCUCGAUCGGAGAGUCAACAAUUUCGAUUGACUCGGAGGUUGAGAACCAAAGAAAGGAGAGAAAGAAGGGAUGUAGGAAUGCUCUUGAGAUGAUGAAGGGAAAUCGAUUUGCAGGGUUUCUUGAGUUGAGUGAAAGCAGCGAGGAAGAGACUGUAUUUUCUAGAAGGCAGGGGGAAAGGAAGGAAGGAGUGGAGAAGCAAGAUGCAGACAACACAGGCGACUUUACGGCGAUGGACUCCCUUGUGGAGGUUAGAAGAGGGGUUUUUAGAAAGAAGUAA